GCGGGUUGCCCAGCAUCAUGCUCAACCCUCCCACCUCACAUGAAGCUCAUCAACCAGACCUACACCCUCCCGGAUCCAUUCCACUUCCUCAACGGCCAGCCCGUACGCAACCGAGCCGAUUGGACAUGCCGCGCGGCGCAACUCCGUGAGCUCUUUCAAAAAUACGAACUCGGCUACAAACCACCUAAACCACCAAUCUUCACCUCCACCUUCGCCAACAACACCCUAACCAUCGUCGCCGGCUUGAGUCACGCCAACACCAUCAAUUUCUCCGUCCCGAUCACUUACCCAAACACAACAACCCCCGCCUCCACCCCAAUCCCAGCGGUGAUCGUCUACGACGCCGUCAGCAUUCCCAUCCCACCUCAAGCAGCAACCAUCCUCCUCAACGUCGACACUAUAGCCCAACAGAACAGCCCCGCCAGCCGCGGCAUAGGCGUCUUCUACGACCUCUACGGCAACACGACCACCACAGCCGGCGCGCUGAUGGCGUGGGCCUGGGCCGUUAGCCGCAUCAUCGACGCCCUGGAAGCGCAUCCAGAAACCGGUAUAAACCCCGCCCGCCUCGCCGUGACCGGCUGCUCCCGCAACGGCAAGGGCGCGUUGGUCGCCGGCGCUUUCGAUACACGGAUCGCUCUCACCAUCCCGCAGGAGUCCGGGAGCGGGGGUGACGCUUGUUGGCGGACCAGUCGGGAUAUGCUCGUCAAUCGCCAACUUGCUACGCAAACGGCUUGGGAGAUUGUUACGGAAAAUGUCUGGUUCGCCGAAUCAUUCGACUAUUUCGCACGGGACAACUAUACGAUCGGUUUACUGCCAGUGGACCACCACGAGUUAGCGGGGCUGGUGGCGCCGCGGGGUCUCUACUCGACAUCGAACGUCGGGUUCUUGUGGUUGGGGGACUGGAGUAAUCUCGAGUGCAUGACGGCGGCGAAUAAGAUCUAUCGGGCUUUGGGUGUCCCGUCGAAUCAGGGGUUUUCGCAGGAUGGGCCGCAUAAUCAUUGCUCCUUCCCGCCGGAUCAGGAGGGAGAGAUUAAGGCAUUUUUUGAGAGGUUUUUGGUCGGGGAG